AUGUCUCUCCUUCAUAACGAAGACUUUACGAUAUGGCAACUGCGCACAUCUUACCUUUCCACGAUCAAGGAUGGAAUCGGCGAUAGGCUUAUCAAUGUGAACCACUCCGUCCUCAGCACCCCGGGCUUCCGCGCGGCAGGCUGGUCGACAACCUCCGCAAACAGCACGACUCAACUGGCCAGCAGUAUCAAACGGACAUACUCUCCUCCUAUUCCUACAACCACCGCGGUGUCAUCUGAAUACUACAACAUAAGCACUCGGAAUGCGAAUGAUUCCCGGGGUUUUGGGUUCGGCGAGGACGGCGAUGAGGAUGAGGGCGGUAUGGUUACGGGAAGAGCAACGGGGGACAUGGUCGCGCGGCGCAAUCCGUUGCGGAGUGAGAAACGAGUGCACCGAAGGGAUCGUCAGCAACGGGAACAGCAGAAGGCGAGGGAGAUCGAGGAGGAGGAUAGCAGUGACUUAAGCGACGAAAGUGAUGAUGAUGGAGAUGGAUCACAGAGAGCGAGUGAACAGAUAAAGUUCACCAAAGUACCAGUGCGGAUCAGAGCGGACUCAUCGCCCAUCAGGGCGACAGAUCGACAGGAAAGGCCCCAGGUCAUGGUCACGUCCCCGUCGCAUCCAUCAAUGAAUAGUCAUUACCGCACCGGCUCUUUAGGGACGGCCCCCAGUGUUAAUGAGCGCCCACGACGAGAUACAACAACGACUAUGACUAGUAGCGAUAUGUCCUCGGAUCAUGAGACUGAUCCGUCGGGAGUCAGAAGGCGUCAGAUUCAAUUUUCUGGGCAUGAUCAGGUGAUAGGGCCAUCUGAUAUUGGGAAAGCUAGCAGCGAGGGACUCGAGCAGCUGGAUGAGCAAAUAGAGGACUCCGACGCUGGAUCAGUGGAAAGUACGAUAUCGUCGGAGUUUGAUGCUACUGCUGGCUCUGCGUCGCUCCUUGGAGGCGUCGGCAUUACUGGGCCACUAGACUCGUCAUCACCAAUGGCUUUGAUGCACAAAUUACCACAUGGACCGGGCUCUCAAAACGCAUCUCCAAGGAAGCUCAGAACGCCUGCGCCUGAGUUACAGGAUCUACCACCGCCCCGACCGAUUAGCACGCUGCAGCCCGUCAGUUUGCUUUCCAAAGCCCUCAACGCUCGCAAACGGGCACCGUCAAACCCUGUGGAGAAGUUUGCUGUGCUUUCCGGUAAAGGCCUUACUGAUGCUUUGAACAUCCGAUUAUAUGUCCCAUUUUCCUCCGACCCCGAAGAUCCGCUCGACUUGCCGCUGGCUCGCCAGUCGAAACUAGCGGAGCAGCCGGCCCCGGUUACUGUCACCGAAGCGAUCGGGCUUGCCCUUUGGCGAUAUGCUGAAGAGCGGCGAGAACCACCUAUCGAGCGUGACAAGUUAACAGUGAACAGGUGGACUCUCCGGAUGGUGGAAGAUGGUGAAGUCGAAUAUGAUUUCCCGCCACUGGGCAGAGCUUCAGCGAUAUCCGAUUUCACAUCGAAUAACAACCGAGCAGCUGGGAUGCGCGGCCGAUCGAGGGGAAAGCAAUACGACGAGUUUGCUCUGGUCGAGGCUUCUGACUCGGAGUUUGAAGAGAAUGAGCGCCUGUAUCCAGAAAACAACAUCUCCACGUCUGCUGAAGAGACGGUCGAUACGCCAACCGUAGCAGCGGCAAACCAACCCAUUCCGCAGAGUAAAGCGCCUCGCCCGAACCCAAUCCUUGGACAACCAUUCUCUUCAGCAUUGAAUGAUACUACCCUUACGCCAGCUGAUCGCCCAGCGGUACCCGUUUCUCAUGCUACACCCCGUUUAGGUGUUUCAAAGACGCUUAAGAUUCGGUUCAUCAACGUAGAAGCGUCGACACAAGUCACAACGCUCAAUACUUCAACAGAUAGCUAUAUCGCGGAGAUUCUCGAUUCGGUCUGCAAGCGAUGGGGCUUGGACAAAGGGAACUACUUGCUCAAAGUCAUGGGCUCGAACACAAUUGCGCCGCUGGAUCGCACCGUUGAGGCAUUAGGCAAUAUCACAGAGCUUGACCUUGUUCGCCGACGCUUCGGGCCGCAAUUGACAGGUUCUCCUGUAAGCUCUUCGCCAAACGCACCGCUUAUGAUUGAAAAUCCGAUUGCGCCUAGCAAAAAGGGGAAGAAAAGUGGGCAGCGCAUGCUGCAUCCGCUUGCCCAAAAGCAGGACCUCGUCGGAGGAAAUUACCGACGGUACUACGUACUUCGCAAGCAGUCGAUGGGCUUCACGACGUCACUUCAUCGGGUUAUCACAUUCGACAACGAUUAUAUGCACAUCAUGCCCGCAGAUACGGGCAAAAAUGGUUCAGAUACUAAGACGCGGUCGAUCAACUUCAAUGAUGUUGUCGGCUGCAAAGUAAGCCGACGGCAUCCGAAAAACUUCCGUGUGGUCGUACUCCGAGGGAACGAUGCGACGGAGCAGAAGCGAUAUGACUUUGAGGCGCGAAAUGCCGUUGAAGCAGAUGAAAUUGUGGACGAGAUCAAGAAGAACAUGGCGCAUUAUCGGACUUGA